AUGUCUAAGCCUCAGGUCCUCAUUUGUGGUACCAUCGUUCACGCUCACAACGAGCUCAAGAACGACCUCGGCGCCGUCGCUAAGGUUCUCCACCUCGACACACCAUCAAGGUCCGAGUUCUUCCAGGCCUGCUCAUCCGGCGGCAAGUAUGCCAACAUUGUUGCCAUCUACCGUCACAAUGACUCGGUCGACAAGGUCGGUCUUUUCGACGCUGAGCUCAUCAACAACCUCCCCGCUUCCCUCAAGUCCAUCUGCCACAACGGUGCCGGUUACGAUCAGAUCGAUGUUCACGCUGCCAAGGCCCGCGGUAUCACCGUUUCCCAUACUCCUUCCGCUGUCGACGAUGCCACUGCCGACACUGCCAUGUUCCUCGUUCUUUCCAGCUUGCGUCAGUACUACCGCGCCGAGAUCAACGCUCGUGCCGGCAAGUGGAAGUCUGGUCUCAAGCCCGCCCACGACCCCGAGAACAAGACCCUUGGUAUCAUCGGCAUGGGCGGUAUCGGCUCUGCCCUCGCCAAGCGCGCUGCAGCUUUUGACAUGAAGAUCAUCUACUACAACCGCAACCCUAACCCCAACGCAGACCCUUCCUGGACUUACGUCAAGUCGCAACCGGAGCUCCUUGCUCAGGCUGACGUCGUCUCGCUCAAUCUUCCGUUGAACAAAGAGACCGAGAAGAGCUUCGGCAAGUCCCAGUUCGACCAAAUGAAGGACGGUGCUAUCCUUGUCAACACUGCUCGUGGUGGUGUUGUUGACGAAGAGGCCCUCAUUGACGCCCUCAACUCUGGCAAGCUCUCCAGCGCUGGUCUUGACGUUUACCCCGCAGAGCCUAAGAUCGACGAGAGGCUCAUCAAGAUGGAUCAGUGCAUUCUCUUGCCCCACAUGGGUACCGAGACUGUCGAGACACAAAAGAAGAUGGAGGUUCAGGUCUUCGGCAGCAUCAAGACUGCGCUAGAGACUGGAAAACCAAGCUUCAUUGUCAAGGAGCACAAGUAA